GGUACACAAACACUUGCUGCGCGAUUACACCAUAUCUGGUACAGCCUAGCCCGCCAGAACUAGCUGAAAGCUACCAACAUGCUCACAAUCGGCGGUCUUAACAUUUAUCCCAUCAAGUCAUGUCGCGGUGUGUCCCUCCAGAGCGCUAUGCUCACGGAAUCAGGCCUGGCAUACGACCGCGAAUGGAUGGUGGUGCGUGAGGACACGGGCAAGUUCAUCUCGCAGCGAGAGAAGGGGCUGCUGGCACUGGUGCAGGUGUCGCUGCCCGUGGAGGCGCUGGCGGCGGCGCAGUGGGGCGCCGCCGGCCUGCCGCCGGACGCCGCGCUGACGGUGACCGCGCCCGGAAUGACGGCGCCGCUCAAGGUGCCGCUGGCGCGCCGCCCCGACAGCGAGGCCAAGAAGGUGACGGUAUGGGAGUGGACCGGCACCGCCACAGACGAGGGCCCCGACGCCGCCGCAUGGUUCACCACCUACCUGGGACUGCCCUGUCGCCUGGUGCGCUACGUCGGCAGCGGCAGUAGCAGCGGCAGUGCAGCCGGUGGCAGUAGCAGCGGCGGCGGGUUGCCGGUCGUGCGCAACACGGAGCCGGAGUUCGCGGUCAAGUACGAGACGCGCUUCAGCGACGGCUACCCCAUGCUGAUAGUGACACAGGCGGCGCUGGCGGAUCUGAACACCAAGCUGGCGGAGCCGCUGCCCAUGAACCGCUUCCGGCCCAACAUUGAGGUGGCCGGCGCCUCGCCCUGGGCUGAGGACACCUGGCGCGACAUCGAUGUGGCCUGCGGCGCCGACGGCCGCACCCUGCGCCUCACCUUCGUCAAGCCCUGCUCCCGCUGCAAGGUGACCACCAUCAACCAGGCCACGGGGGAGGCGGGCGAUGAGCCGCUGGACACACUGGGAGAGUUCAGGACGGGCAAGGUGCUGGGAUGGAACGCCAAACAGAAGCCGUGGACGCACGCAGUGUUCUUCGGCUGGAAUGUGGUGUCCCGCACGCCGGGGCUGCUGAGCCUUGGCGACACCCUCACGCCCGUCACGCAGCAGCAGCCCGCGGACCUGGUGCCAGCGCCGUGAGGGAGGGAGGGAGCGAGGGGCGGGUGGGCAAGCGGCGGGUGAGCAGGAAGUGUGUGUGCGGGUGUUGCGCGUGCAGGGACUGGCCCAGAGUUGUCAGGGCAGCACUUGGCGGGCUCGGGCUAAGUGCAAUAGGCUUCGCAGUAGUAUGUACAGCAGUAGAAGUGAGGGUGCAGACGGGGACUUGCGGAGAAAUGCGUGGCAAGGCAGCAAUGCAGAUGGCGAGGAUUGACACUACUGCCGGCUGUCUGGCCAGCAACAACGAACUGUGCGUCAUUGCGGCGCGCUCCCGGGCCUUCCCUGAAGUCCCGCGUGGGGCCCCAAGUUGUACAUUACGGUAUUGCCGUACGCCAGUCGAGUGUUGCUUAGCGGCCAGGGGCAGGGUUUAGCCGCCCCGGCCCCAGUCGAUUCCCAGCAGUGGUGGCGGCGGUGGCAGCAGUGGUGCCAGGGUGGUUCAGGUUCAGAGUCACAGGCGCAGCGCUGUGCUGUAGCAAACCAGAGCAGGGGGGGCUCGCUGAACUCGCUACAGAAUGCUGCAACGUUUACUAUCUACU